AGUUUGACUUUACAGCAAAAUUUCGUUCAAACCGAAUCGUCUUUGGUGCUACAAAAUUCGGAUGCGAGAUAUCGUGUUGAUAGCUUUGUUUGGUGUCCAUGAUCUUUUAAAAUCGUGCACAGUUCUCCGACAUGGAAGUAAGGAAUCGUGGGCAUUCUACGUCAGCUUCCCAAGUAUCCUCGACGGAAAUGAAGCGAAAUUUUAGCAUGUCGUCGUUUUCGACAGGGAUUGCUGCUGUGAAAUGGACUACACUUCUGAUCCUGGUGUUGACUGCUGUGUAUUGCAUUGUUCAGUUUCUGCCACCAAUGCAUGACAAAAACAGUCGUCCUGUCAAUACCAGAGACGCAUUCUCCACAUUGCUGGGUUUACACAUUCCCACCUUUGCCGUCGUUCUGGACGCCGGUAGUACUGGGAGCCGCGUUCUUGCUUUCUCCUUCUUCAAAUCUCGUAUUGAUGGUUCUCUUCAGAUUAAAGAUGAAUUAUUCUAUGAAAUAAAGCCUGGACUCUCUUCAUUUGCUGACGACCCAUUGAAAGGUGCUAGUACCAUCAAAGAAUUGUUGAAUGAAGCUGAUUCUUUCGUGCCGGAAGGAUAUCGUCCACUCACACCGUUGAUUUUGCGUGCUACUGCGGGACUCCGCCUCUUACCUGCCGCCAAAGCCGAAAGAUUGCUCGCUGAGGUGCGGAAAGUUUUCUACGACUCUGGUUAUGUUGUUCAGCCUAAUGCUGUUGACAUAAUGGAUGGGUCGGAUGAAGGCAUUUUUUCAUGGUUCACCAUUAAUUUCCUCUCAGGAAAGCUUGGCGAAGGCGUUGAAAAGACUGCUGUGACUUUGGAUCUAGGCGGUGGAUCGACGCAGAUCACAUUCGGACUCCAAGAGGAUAACGGAGACAUUCCUGUUGAAAACGUUCACGUUGUAAACGGUGCGAAGGUACCCAUCAAAGUUUUUACGAACAGCUACUUGGGUCUCGGACUAAUGUCUGCUCGGAAAGCUAUUCUGGAUCAUCACAAGACUGACGAAACAAAUUUUGCCAGCCCGUGUAUCGGAACUUCAGCACCUACCAAAUGGGUGUUCAAUAGCCAAGAGUUACUCGUCAAACGAUCUCGACGUGAGCAACCCGAUUCGUUCGGCACAUGCCAUGACUUGGCAUCGUCUCUGGUGCGCUCAAAAGUUAAGGUGCCUCUGGAUUUGAACGAUAAGACGAUCAAUGCGAUUUCUUAUUUCUAUGAUCGAGCUGUGGAUGCCCAACUGAUCGAUCCUAAAGAUGGCGGUGUGAUAAAACUCGAGAAUUUUGAGAUUGCUGCUCGAAAAGUUUGUCGAGUGCCUCAUGACGAACAUCCUUUCCUUUGCCUUGAUUUGUCUUUCAUUGUGGCUCUGCUCAAGUCCGGAUACGGUUUGGAAUCAAGUGUUGAUAUUCAUCUGUUCAAGCGAAUCAAUGGUCAUGAAACAAGCUGGGCUCUUGGCGCUGCGUAUCAAGAGCUUAUGAAGCCAUGAUUGUUCAAAGUUGCGUCCCCCGGUGUUGUCUUCGUAGUUCGCGGGUGAUGACAGUAUUUCAUUCGUUCGUCAUGUCUGAUCGUUGCUGUAUGUGAAAUCAAUUGUCCUAGAAACGUUUCUUGAAGACUUCAUUGAUAAAUGUACUUGAGAUGGAUUUAUUUUCGUUGUUAUGAUGCAGCUUUCCGUCUAGUUCUCGUGUUCUCUGCCUCGAUUUUGAAGAAGGCGAUGUUGAUUUUAAAGUUUUUGUUGUUUUUUUGAAAAAUGUGGUGCGAUUUUGACGCUAUGUUGAGAAUGCCGCAGUCCGUAAAUAAGUACAGUUCGACAAAGUCGUGAAUUUGUGAUCAGCGUUUUGAAUUCUUUUACAGCAAAUCGUGAGUGUAUUUAUAGCAGUGCCUUAUUUUUGUGGGAUGUUGUGACUGCUUUUUGGUGUUAUCGGAUCAUAAAUGGGCACUUCGGGA